AAUGCUUGAGCAUAUUACUAGGACACUACCCCUAAUUGACAGCGUCACAAAUGCCAUCAAACUGCUAUUGGAAUUCAGUUCUUUACUGCCAAUCACUUUCAUUCGAACAUUACAAUGGAAAGGUGGCAGAAUAAGUUGGCUAUUGUAACUGGGGCUAGUGGAGGUAUUGGAGCAGCAUGUGCUAAGGCAUUAGUUGGAGCUGGACUAAGAGUUGUAGCCUUGGCUAGAAGAGAACAAAAACUUAAGGAACUGAGAGAAAGUUUACCAUCGAAUCUUCAAGCUAAUUUGAUUCCAAGAAAGUGUGAUGUCUCCAAAGAGGACCAAGUUAUUGAUGCUAUUGACUGGACUGAGAAACAAUUGGGUGGAGCAAGUGUAUUACUCAAUAAUGCUGGUAUAACUCGAGAAACUGAACUUGUUACACCUGGAAAUACGCAGAAAAUUCGUGAGGUCAUCGAUACUAAUGUGAUGGGUGUGCUGUGGUUCACUCGGGAAGUUUUCAAUCGAAUUAAGGCGCGUGGUGAUGAGGGACACAUUCUCAUUAUAAACAGUAUUGCUGGUCAUCAAGUGUUGAAUUUUAUUGAUGUCCUGCCUUCGUUUAAUAUUUAUCCAUCGACGAAAUUUGCUAUAACUGCCAUGACAGAGACAUAUCGACAGGAAUUUCAAUUGCACAAAGCUAAUGUGAAAAUAACGGGAAUUUGUCCAGGUGCAGUAAACACAAAUAUAUUUCCUGAGGAAAUACAUUUCUUUGUAAAGGAUAUGGCUAGGCUUAAACCGGAAGAUAUUGCAGAUGCGGUUUUGUAUGCGUUGAGAACGCCAUCUAAUGUGCAGAUUCAUGAAAUCACGGUGAAACCAGUGGGUGAAAUAUUUUGA